CAGACAUGGCGACGGGUGUUUGGUUAUCACCAGGCAUUGUGAAAGUCAAACAAGAAAGCACUUUCACUUAUUGGAAGCGUUGAUGAAAUAUCGCUAAUGGGUCUCAGUUUAUCGUCGUGCAGUCUCUCUGGUUAGUCACACACACACACACACACACCGUUAUUAUUUAGGUUGUGGUCAUUAGGCGAGCAGAACUAACUGUACAUGGUCGACUGGUCAAGAACACCAUGCCACUACCUUCGUUGUUCAACCAUGUAGCUAAAAAUAUGUGGAUCAACAUGAUAGCUCAAAAGCUCGCCCGGAACAAGCAAGCGGUCAUUUUGGGCUGCAUCACUGGUUUCGUCAUGUGGGCGUUAGUAGGACUUCAUGAUGUUCAAAAUGUUAACUCUGAAUCUUGGGAUGUGGGGAGUCGGGACUCCACGUACACAAGAAAGCUGCAGCUCAACAGGCAAGUCAUGUCAGGAGAAACACGGCCAGGGAAUAAUCUGGUCGCAACUACACAUGGAGGGGGCAGGUGCGUGAAGAAGAUCAUGAUAUUUGGGGAUAUGUCUGAGAUGAGGAACUGGCCAGAGCUGCGAGCUAUUGAGGGUAUCUUUCGCCAGGAAGGAGGGUUGUGGGAGGGAGCAGUCCACUGCCCAGCGCACGGGUGCAACAUCUCGCUCACUCUCAGUAACGACGUGUCCUUGAUGGUCAGAAUGGACGCAGUUAUCAUCGGAUUGCUCCCCAAGGUAUUGGAAACACAUCUCCCAGCUCUUCUUCUCACAAACCCGACAGAGGGCCAGACCUGGAUCUACUUCAGCACAGAGACACCGUUUAGGGUGACGGUCUGGUCGAAGACGCACACACUUCGACAACUACAGUACCAUAAGAUGAUGACGUACAGACGGGAUGCUGAUAUAUAUCUCCCGUUUGGUAAUUUUAGGAAUUACCUGCCAGGGGAGAAUAAAAUCAUGAGCAAGACUCGCGAUUAUGCGGCCGGCAAGACGGACCUGAUCGUGUGGAUUGCGAGUAAUUGCGGAGAGGUGACCUGGCCGCGUAUACCCUUCAUGGAGAGACUUCAAGAGCUGCUCCCAGUCAAAGCUUACGGGCACUGUGGUAACCUCACCUGCCUGCCCGAGCGAUCCGAACGGUGCAAUCUCAUCAUGAGGAAGUUCAAAUUCUACCUCGCACUGGCGAACAGUGAGUGCCGCGACUACAUCACGGAGAAGUUCUGGGCCAACUCUCUCGGCUACAACAUCGUGCCUGUCGUUUACGGGGCACCCCGGGCGGACUUUGAGGCAAUCGCUCCCCCUGACUCUUUCAUACAUGUCAGUGACUUUCCAUCAUUAGAGGCUCUAGCUGAGUACAUCAGGUUCCUUGAUCAGGACGAUUCACUUUACAAUGCUUACUUCGACUGGAAGAAACAUGGGCUUGUCCAGCAGUCGUUUCCGAUUAUGAAAGACACCAUUUGCAGAGUAGUACCUCAUAUAUAUAAUGGAACUGAGCAGAAAGUCCAUACCAUUCGAGAGUCAGAGUGGUACAAUGGUUGCAGAAAACCGAUCUCAUCAAUAUUCGGGUUUGCCAAAGAAAGACAGUAUGCUCAGUUCAGUGCAUGGGCUCCGUGGGAGUUAGAUAGCAGGUAACGUGAACUUGGGCAACUUCUUCGUAGCCAUGGAGCUCAUACACAAAAUGGAAAAACAAAUGCUGAUAUUGUGUGUCCCCCCCCCUAAAUACUAUUUUGUUCCUUCUUGCAAAAACUGUCUCCGGGUAUAAAGCUUCCCCGAAGUAUCUGCCCCCCCCCCCCAAUUAAAGUGUGCGCCUAUAUUAUUGUCUGUGCUUAAGAGAUAAUACACAUUUAUGUAUGAUAAUACAUGGAACAAUUUCGUUUUAUUUAUAAAUUUAUAUGAGUAGUUUGAAAUAAUGCCAGUUUAGUUUAUUGAUUUUUAAAUUAUAAAUUAUUUAUAGUGUUCUUGUUUGGAAGCAUAGUGAGUGUGAAAGGCCGAAUCUGAAUUGGCGGCUGCAGCUAAGGCUACGGCUGUUGCUAAGGGUGUUGCUAAGGAGGUCCUAUACCUCAACGUAUGAUGACGAGGAAAUCUAGCCGUAGCCGUAGCUGAUGAUUCGGACACGGAUUAACUUUGUGCUUGCCCUACAUUACUACAUAGUCUUAAAUGUGACAAUCAAUGUUAAAAUACUUUUUUUUAAGGGGGGACGUAGUUAUGAUCACAGCAGGCCUAGUGAUCGUACAUUAAACUAUAAACUCAAACCCAGUUAUACCCAAGCUUGCGUACGCCGUUACGCCACAAAGGGCGCCGCCAUUGUAGUAUUGUGGUGCGAGUUCAUAAUUCCAUGUACAGCCAAAUUCCUUCAUUGAUCAUGACGACAGUCCCCAAGUAAGUAUUAUAAACAAAACAUGCAUACAACUCAAUGAAUCUUCUUAGGCCUGUGAUUUUUCAGGAUUUUUCACUUACUGUAAUAAUAAUUUCUCUCAAAGCGCUUCAAAUGUAAUUACCUCUGAUGGUCACUUGGCCAUCUUAUUUAUUCCUUAAAGGGAAGGUACACGUUUGGUAAAUGUCAAAGACCAGUCUUCCCACUUGGUGUAUCCCAAC